AUGGGGCAAACGAAAGAGAAUGCCAAAACCGACGGCGGCGUUGGCUGCCCGUGUUACGUCAACGCGGCUGAGAUACAGCAGGCGAAGCAAAGCGAUGCCCACGAGUGCUUGGCCAACUGUAGGGCCCAGUUCCUACGAGGAGUGCUGAAUGGGUGGGAGGGGAGCAACGGGUGGGCUGAAGGGUGCGGAAGCCUCAACAGGGGCGUGGCGGCUCAAGAGUUCUGGUCGCUCUAUUGGUGCGACUCGACGUUCUGCGGAGUGGCCAUUGACCUGGAUGGGGGGCUCGGACAAGACCCUUCCGUCGAUCUCAUAAUCAACACCUGCCAGAACAUCGGAUUCUACUCCAUAUUCAAUCCCGGGCCACCGCCCCCGGGCUUCAAAUGCAGUACGGAAGCAGAUGAUAUGUCGAGCAUCUGCUCGGCCACCGUCAUGUCAGCGUCCCAGGCGACCCCGGGACGACAACCAGAUCCCGCGGUGCCGGCGACAUCUGCCAGCAUGACCAAGCUAACCACGACAACAACAACGGCCCAGCCAAGCUCGACGCUGGUGAUACAAGCUUCACACAGCGAAUCUGCGAGCUCGGUUGCGACGGCAAGCCCGGCGCCGUCCGCAGCAUCUACGACAUCCGGUACCAACAUUACCGGGCAGGGCAGGGCCGCGAUCGCGGUCUGCUCGGCUCUCGCCCUGAUGCUGCUCGUCUGCUUCGCGUUUGUCUGGCUACGACGGCGAAAACAGCGCAAAGAGUCCUUUGAUCGCGCCCUACGCUCCCGGCACGACCAUCUUCCGGGCGCCGGCCUAGCCGGCUCGCCGACCCCGCUGAUAUCUCCCGUCGGCUUGGCCGUCGGCACGCGCGGCGCCCUCACGCCGCCUCUCCGCCUCCGCGACCGGAAAUUCCUCCCUUCCAUUCUGCGCCCCGGCAGUCGCUCCCCCUCCCCUCCCCUAACACCGCUGACACCCGCAUACACACCCCAGCUAAGCGGCGGCGGCGGCGGCAGCGGCGGCAACGGCGGUGGUGGUAGUGCAGGGGUAGGCGCAGUCUCUCCCUCCUCGCCGAACUGCUCGCUAGCAACCAACAAGGUCAUCUCGCGCAGCGAACACAGAACAGGAGCAUCCACGCCACGAACCGACCCGGCGGACGAAUCAGCCUCGUUGCUCUUCACCAAGGCAAUUCCCGUGCCCGGCUCGACCAGCGGCGGCAACAACAGCAACCGUGGCAGCGGCCGGAGUGCAAGCAGCAGCAGCAGCAGCAGCAGCUACACGGCUGAUGGCGAUGGAUACGGACGUGGAUGUGGAUGGAGCGACGGCGGCGCACAGGCGAUGCGGCCGCCGAGGUCGAGGCUCGGGACCUCGACCGCCAUGCCUUCUCAACCCGGGACCGGGCAGGCGCCGACCGAGACGGAGACGGGGAGGGGCCGUCACCAACGAGAUGCGACGGCGAGCCCGCUCCCGCCCCCGCCCCCGCCGCCGUCUCGCCGUCUGCCCUUGUCACCGCCCUACCCGCCAACGCCGCGGUCGCCGUCGUCUCCCUGUCGGCCGCCACGGCCGCACGAGGGCAUGCUGGAGAUCCCCGGGCUGGUUACGCCUGCUGGUAGUGCUUCUGGUCAUGGUGAUGGUUGUGGUGGUGGUAGUAGUGGUGGUGGUUCUGGGGCGGGGGGGAAUGGCAAGGGAGAUGCUCCGGGAUUUGUCAAGGUGGUUGCGAGGAGGUUCGUGGGGGACGGGAGCGCCAGCACGCCUCCGCCGCCAUUGAGCCCCCCGCCCUCGAGGACGCUCCCCCAGACACCAAAGGGCGCGGGCAUGUCGCUGCCACCGCCGUCGCCGUCGUCGGAUGGCUGGACGAGCCCGCCUCCGAGGCUACUCGGGACGCCGAGUUCUGUUCCGCUGGCGGGCAACGGAACCGACAUGAACGCGGAGCGUUCCUACCAUGAUCACGGCAGGCCGCCUCCGUCGUAUCCUCCUGACCCGGGGCAAUUUCCACCCGGAGACGGCGCGGCCGGGCAGUCGCAGCGGCAGCCUGACUCGAGGGAAAGCUGGGGCAGUUGGAGCGGGACGGGGACGGUGGUGGGUAGCGGCAGCUGCCAUGGCGACAGCGUCUGCAGAAAUGCCGAUGCCGAUGCAGAUGCCGAUGUCACGGCGCGGGCCGGGACCGAGGUUGUCGUCAGUCGACGAACGAGUAAGAGCAGCAACGCGACGGCCACGGAGGAUACCAUGGUGUCUGCCGUGUCCAGAACGUCAAAUGUCGGGCAUGGUGCCAACACCGGUUGUGCAGAGAGUCAAGCGCGUUAG